UAAAUACUCUACAGAAGAAAAAAGCCCCAACUACAAGUCUACAACUCUCCACUUCCCCAGUACUUCAGCAAGGAAAUUUAUACCCAUCCGUUUUGAGCUGUUUGAGUUCGGCUCAAGGCUUCUAUCUCAAUCCACAACGACAGGAAGCGCAGAGCAAUUUAGGGCAUAAGAAUCUGAUAAGAAUAAGAAGAGAUGCCAACACUAACAAAGUUAUAUUCAAUGGCAGAAGCAGCUGAGCACAAUACUAAGGACGAUUGUUGGGUUGUUAUUGGCGGCAAGGUGUAUGACGUUUCAUUGUAUUUGGAUGAACAUCCAGGUGGAGGUGAUGUCAUACAAGCUGUCACCGGAAAAGAUGCCACAGAUGACUUUGAAGAUGUGGGGCAUAGCAAGAGCGCAAGGGAAAUCAUGGAGAAAUUCUUCAUCGGGGAGCUUGAUCCCUCAUCUGGUCCCAGCAUCCCUAAACUUGAGAUCGUUGUGAAGCAGUCCAGUUGCAGCUAUAUAACCCAGAAGGUCAUGGAUUUCACCAAACAGUAUUGGGUUCUCCCCGCCACAGUUGUUGGCAUCUCUGUGGUAGCCAGUUGUGUGUUCCUGCAUAAGAAGUAGUAAAACACUAAAAAGUCUCCUUGGACGGAAGUUAUUGUACUAAAAGCUUGAGGGGUCACCAUCACUAGCAAAAUAUUGCAGCAAUUCCUCUGGAGGAUGCUAUUAUUUGGCAUUUUGAAUUUUAGAAUUAAAUGCCCUGCAUUGAGUUUUUGUUAUAACAUUUUGAGUAACGCUUUUGGGGUAUGAGUAUGAUUACAUAUAGUUUGUUACGGAGUAUUGUUUUAAGGUUGUUGUUCUCGAUGAAUUGGGAUUUGGGAGUGUUGGAUUUUACAAUUUUGCCUUUUCUGAAAUUGAAUUAUGCACUAAAAUGGGGGGAAAUGUGGUGGCAUUAUUUCCAAUAAAUUGAUAAAGUGAACUUUAUCUGUUUUUGCCUGAA